GACGGCGGUGAUCACCGAGAAGCUGCAGCUCGUUUCGACCGAUCUGAACGUUGUUCUUCAAGAGCUACGGACACUCGCACCCUGGCGGGUUGGGUUCUUGGAUGAAAGGAAAGCUUGUCGUCAGCUUCCGAUUCGGCCAGAUCACCGGAAGUUCAGUGUACUCUGCUUGAAGGAUCCUGAGGAUGGAGUUCCCAAGUUCACUCGUUCGGCCUGGUGGCUGCGGUCGACAACUGCCUACAGAUCGGCCUUCAUCAACGAUGUGUUGGUCAAGAUCUUCGAGAUGGUCGCUUUCAAUUUCUACGCGAUGCGAUCACGGCCCCGGGCGCUCUUCGACGAGAAGAAGCUGCAGCUCUCUGUGGCCCCCGUGAUCUUGGGCGUGACGUUCAAUCUGGAACAGAAACAGGAACUCUUGGACACGAUCGACUCGGUGCUCGAGUCCGGCAGCUUGGAUCCCGGGUUGGCCGGUAAGCUCAAAGGGAAGCUGAUGUUCGGGCGAGCCAGAGCCUUCUUUCGCCCGCUCUCCGAGCGACAGUACAUGAAAGAUCUCCAUGGCAAUCGCAUGGAUCUCAACCCGUACUGGAGAAGAUUGAUCCACUUCGGGCCGCCGCGCGAGAUCUCUCUUCGAUCUGAGAAGCCGUCCGAUGUGGUGAUCUUCACUGAUGGCUUCACCCCUGAUCAGCGGAAGCAUGAGGUUGGUCCUGAUCGCAUCGGGGCGGUCAUGUUCGAUCGCCGAGCUCAGGCGCCCAAGCAGCUCGCGGAGGUGAUCCCGCGCGAGAUCUCGGAUAAGUGGAUCCCGCGGAAGAUGCAGAUCGUUCCCAUCGAGAUGAUCGCGCCGAUUCUCGCGAUCGAGACGUUUCGAGAUCAUCUGAGAAGCAAAGACGUUUUGCUCUUGGUAGACUCUGAAGCAGUCGAAGCAGCUCUCGUGAAAGGAUACUCUUCAAAAGAGGAUCUCUGCGAGCUUGUUGAGAUCUUUUGGGAGCUCGCCCUCGAGUAUAGGAUCAAUUUCUUUAUCGAUCGUGUCUCCACAGAUGCUCAACGUGCAGCCUGGCCAUCGAGAGAUCUGCUCGAGAUUGGCCAGUCGGCGGGCUGGGAGACUGUUCAGACUUCAUGGCCCGCGACGCUCGCGGAUUUUUGA